AAACCGAGUGUCCAGGAAGCAGUAAACACUACUAUGCGUUUUUGUGAAAUUUCCGGAGCUAGUAUAAAUUUCGAAAAAAGCAGAGGAUUCUGGCUGGGCAUGUGGGCUCUAACACCCUCGGUAUUUGCAAAUAUUCAUUGGGAUGACACUCCGAUCCGUUAUCUAGGUGUGCCUCUUGAUAACUACCGUAAUAGUGGUCCUCAUUGGACGUCCGCGUUAACCACUAUCCGUCGCAAGGUGUCCACUUGGCAAGGACGCGACCUUUCCGUUUUCGCAAAAGCUAAAGCAUGCAACAUAUUUCUUGCUUCAAAGCUUAUCUACAUUUUACAGGUAUUGCACUGCUCUCGAGUACAUAUUCAGGCAUUUCACAGAAUAUUUGCCUGCUUUAUCUGGAGUUCAUCAUGGGAAGCCAUGAGAAGGGACAACCUUUUUCUUCCGCUUGAAAAGGGUGGGCUUAGUCUUGUGCAUUUGUUUGUGCGACAGCUGGUGAUGCGAUUUUUCUACCUUAAGGAUGUCUGCCACCCGUUUCUUCUGGCUGUUAUACGGAACCGUCUUUCUCACCAUCUCUCUUUUCUUUUUGUCACAACAAGAGUGGCGGAAGAAUCGCACUUAUGGGGUUUCUUGAAGGAGAUUGUCGACACUGUCCAGUUUUUGAAAGCCAGAUUCACGUUAGAGUACUUGUACAACGUGGACAGAAAGACGCUAACCGCCGCACUUGUAAACACCCUUUUCCCUGAACCUGUUUACCGACAGCAAUAUUUAUCUCAUUCUGGUCAUGAUGCAUUCUGCCGUGUACGUAAAAUGUGUAUAUCGCCAGCUGUGAAAACGUUUUUUUUUAAGCUGCACACAUCCACUUUACCUGUAAAGACAUGGCUUCAUGAAAAAGGGAUAUACGUGCCCUGGUCUGUAAAUUGCAGGCUAUGCAACGAGCCUGAAACAAUCGAGCAUUGUUUUAUUCAUUGUCGUGAUGCAUUUCAUUUCUGGGACAUUCUUAAGAGAACCCUCAGAAAAGAAUUUCCAAUUACAUCGCAUGGUGUGAGGUUCCUGCCGUUCAAAAAGAGCAUCAACAAUAAUGCACCAUAUGAUUUAAUCAUGCUGCUAGGUCUAUAUUCGCUAUGGAGAAGCCGCAUGAUUGACAGACAUGCUGAGCCACCUCGCUCGACACGGUCUGUCUUUCGGGAAGAAGCAGCUAACGUGCGUAGUGUUGCUGAGACUUUUGACCCGGUUUCGGCGUGGCUUGGCCUUCUGGACGUUUGUGUCUGUUUACCGGACUUUUGA